UCUUUACAUAGCACAACUGCUCUUGAUUUUGAUUGAUUACAAGGCUUAAAAACGAAGUUAAAACCCUAGAAAUCGCAGGAAGGAAGACGGAGAAGAUGUUCAAGAAAUUCUCUAGUGAAGAGGUUUCUGCACAAAAUCAGGUUAAGGCAUCAGUGCAACGCAGGAUCCGACAAAGUAUUGCCGAUGAGUACCCAGGCCUUGAACCUGUACUGGAGGACUUGCUCCCAAAGAAAGUCCCUCUUGUUGUUGUUAAAUGCCAAAACCAUCUGAAUCUGGUCGUUAUCAACAACGUUCCACUGUUUUUCAACAUACGUGAUGGACCGUAUAUGCCUACUCUGCGACUUCUCCAUCAAUAUCCAGACAUAAUGAAGAAACUACAGGUGGAUAGGGGUGCUAUCAGAUUUGUCCUUUCAGGAGCCAAUAUUAUGUGUCCAGGGCUUACAUCUCCUGGUGGUGUUUUGGAUGAAAAUGUGGAGGCAGACACUCCUGUUGCUAUUAUGGCUGAAGGAAAGCAACAUGCUCUUGCUAUUGGAUUUACAAAAAUGUCUGCAAAAGAUAUAAAAAACAUCAACAAGGGAAUUGGAGUGGACAACAUGCAUUAUCUGAAUGAUGGCCUUUGGAAGAUGGAGCAUCUGGAUUGAGCUACUUGAAAUGCUGUGCAGACGGAGUUGAGCGUUUCGAGUUUCGAGUAAUGAAUGAUUGAUGGUUUCUUGUGCAGCGGUUUCCUGUUUCAUUUGGAAUCUGUGAUUGAGCUGAUAUGGUUUCUCUGGAUAUUGCACUUCAAUUUGAGUCUUUUGAAUACAGAAACAUGGGCUUCUGCAUAAAAGUGGUUUGUCAAACACAUACAGGGAUGUUUUUCAGUGGCCAGUUACUUAAUAUUUGUUCAUGAGUUUGAAGAAUGCUAGGUUUUGCUUAAAUACAAUCUUGGUGGAAAAAUUAUUUUGAAUUUAUUUAAAUCAUAGAAUAAUUUUGGUAUUUAAUUUCAACAAAAUAUAUUCUGAAUGAUGUUUUUACAUUUGAAUACUUUAAUGUACAUUUUAUAUA